AGCAUGACGGUGGUUUAUCCACGUAAAAUGUUGGCCCGAUUCCAUCCGUACCAUGGUCAGAACAUUAUACUGUUUAACGAGAACACGGUCGCGUAUCGGAAGGCCAGUUUCGGAAAUGCGCUCACCUUUAGCGAGAAACCGUUGCAACCGGGUGAAAUCUUUCUGCUAGAGAUCGAGAAAAAUGAGCGUGGCUGGAGUGGACACAUGAGAUUGGGUCUAACGCAGCUUGACAUUAAACCAGCUUCCGCACUACAGUACGCUCUUCCGGAUUUAGCGAAUCUUGGCCACAGUUGGGUCUUCCCCAUCACGCGCACGGUCGGCAACUCGAUGCUCAAAAGCAACAUCCUUGGAAAUGGUAUCAACGUGAAAACUUCGCGUGGUGUCUUUCCGCGCAGUCUGCUCAAACCAAUCUCGCAAGAUGGUGGCGCCAGUACGGACAUUCUGCCCACGGAUACAAACUCUCGCAUCGGCGUCAUCUUCGUACCGAGUGAACACGAAGCGGACAAAGCCGAAAUGCACUUUAUCAUUAAUGGUGAAGAUCAAGGACCAUGCACACAUGACAUCCCGUACACGAAAGGCGCACUGCACGUGGUAAUCGAUGUGUACGGUACGACGAAACAGGUGAAGAUCAUCCAGCUAUACGGUAUCUCAACGCUACAGGGUGCUUGCCGGGAUGCAAUACUGGCACGGGUAAAAAAAUCUGCCAUUCCCGAGCUACCGUUGCCGGAAAGUUUGAAAAACUAUUUGCUACAGUGUGGGCUGUAA